AUGCGUUUCCAACGUUGCCCCACCCUGGCUCCCGUUCCCUCCUCCGCCUUCCUCCAUACUCCUUCCCCCCUCUGCCUCUCUGUCACUCUGAUCUACCCUCACAGAAGUAAUAAGAACGGUUUCAAAAUCAACUCACCUCCGUUUCUGCAACCAUUGUCGAUCCUGCAUUGCGGCCGUGAUUCAACAGCGCUCGAGCGGGACAUAAUCGAAGGAAAUCAGUCUUUCUUAUUAGUUUAAAACAUAAAUUUGAUUUGAUUACAGUAGCUUAAAAGUUCAAUGCUUUCAGGAUAAUUAUAUGUGGAAUAUAUCAGCGCAUGAUGCCAACAGAAAGCUCAUCUACCCCCAGUAUUGCUGCAUCUUCCUCCAACCAAGGAGUAACUCAAGCCACCAUUUUAGAUGAUGUUGGCCAGAGUUAUAACUUGCAAGAUGUGUCCAGCACUCAACAUGAAGUAUUAAAAAAUUCAGUUGGACAAGGCAUGCAAUCAAAUUGUUUUGCCAAUGCAGAGUGGGAAGUGCUUGGAAGUCAUCCACUGCAGAGUCACCAGCAGUGGCAGGGGCGAUAUCAGUUUUUAAAGAAGUCCCAGCAACCAAGCCCCUAUCCCUCAUUCAUGCAGUCAAAUAUUAGGUACCAUCAUCAGAACCGACACCAGCAGGAGAUCCAAUCACAACCAACUCAGCUUCAAUACUCUCUAAAGCAAACAUUGCCAGAACAGCAGCAUCAGCGUCUAAUGGGGCUGCAAUCGAAUUCCGCAGAUAUGCAGCUGAAUCAGCAAUUUUGGCAGCAAAAUAGUGUUUUAGGGCAGGAGCAGGAGCAGCAGCAGCAAGUGUCCUUGUCCUGUCAGGACAGAUCAAAUUCAUUCCAACUGCUACCGCGCCCCCAAAAUUAUGUUUCUGGAGUGCAACAACAGCAUAAAUUGGUUGGACCACAAUCUGACUCCUUGAACAUGCAGUUGCUUCCAAAUUCAGUGAAUGUCCUUCAGCAAGCAGACAUUGUGGCUGCACAACACAAAUCCCUGCAGCAGACAUUGCAGCCAGUGCAGUUACGUCAUCUACUGGGUUUGCAAAAGGAUAGUAAAUCAUUGCAGGAAGCUAUGAAACAAAGGCUUCAAACAUCAAGUACCUCAUUGGAGUUUCAGAAUGGAAUUAAUCAGCAGAAGCAAGAAUGUCAGUCACAAUUAGUGCUUUCUGAUGCCCUGCCAGGAUCAGGAGAGGCAUGGACUCAAACUGUACAUGCAACUGCAGAUGCUUGGCAUGAUCAAGCCUACAUGGAGCUUCAGACAAUGAAAGAAAAGUACUUGCCAGAGCUGAUAGAGGUGUACAGGAGAGCCCAUGCCACGUGCCUUCAGCCACUGGAGCCGAAACAAGCUGAAAGGUGCAACAACACUAAGAUUAUGGUGGAGAAAAUGAUAAGGUUAUUACAAGUGUCCAGAAAUGACAUUUUACGCCUUCCUAAGGAGAAGUUGGAUCACUACAAGAAGGUGAUCAUUUCUUUUAUCAGUUCAACUAGGAGCAAGAAAACAGUUUCUGUGCAGCAUAAUGGACAACCACUCCAACAAUGUGGGAGCCAAUCUUCCAAACCCCAGAUGCAUCCGCAGGGAAAUACGAAACUUCAGUUGAAUCCUGCGAACUUAGCUUUGACAAGCAGAUCUACUGGUUCCAUUUGUCUAAUGUCGACACAACAAGGGGUUUUGAACUCACGACCAAAUAUAUUAAAUUCACUUAAGUCUGGUUCCCAUAUUGAGUCUGAGCAAGGGAAUGCACUAAGUCCACUGCAGCAUGGUUCUGUGAGGUCUACACACCAAAGUAUUAUUACACCUCAGCAGACAAACUCCUCCCAUAAUUCUGUGGAUUCACUUUGGCGGAGUUCAAAUACCCUAUUACAACACUUAAAGCAACAACAAAAACAUCAAUUGUUGCAGCAGAUGCAGAAGCUGAAGCAACAAAGUCCUCAACAAUUGAUUCAGCAGAGGAAUCAACAAACGCUGAUGCAGAAGUAUAACAUUAAUGACUUGGAAAUGAGACAGUUAAUGGAUUUUGGUACAGAAAUGCAUCAGAAACAUCACACAACUGACCAUGGUUCAGAAUUUCGAGAUCAAUCUCUACUAUCAACUACUACUAAUCAGCUUCAGGCCAUUUCUCCUCAAACACCUGAGCCCUCUUCUCCACAGAUUGACCAGGAAAAUUUGUUGCCAGCUGUUUCAAAAGUUGGGAAAUUUUUACAAUCAGCCACUUCCCCAUUAGUUGCUACUUCUCUUUCUACUAUAACUCCACUUUCUGUCCCUGUGGACCUUCAUGAUCACCUCUCCAGUGUUUCUCAACUCUCAACUGCUGAAAAUGUUGUUGGACGCUCUCACAUGCCUGUUGCACAGGCAGGGGUCCAAAGCCUAACCCAUACCCAGAAUGAAUUACUUGCCACUGUUACAUCUGGAAUGUCAGCCUCUCCCUUGCUGGCAGAGUUCAUUUUUGAAGAUAGCACUCAGCAAUCAAAUGCUGUGGAGCAGCCAUUUGAGCGCUUACGUAAAGCGUUAAAAUCAACAUCAGCUGAAGCACGGAGAGCAUCUGUCAGUGAUCUUGGCGCAGUUGUAAAUCUAAUUGAUAAUAUAGUCGGAACAGCAGCUGUUCACAAACCCAGAUUUGCUAUUUGUGAGGACUUGGGGGCCAGUACAAGGUGUCAUUUACAAGGGAGUGACUUACACUCGCAAUAUGGAUGUGCUUCUGCUCAAAAGAUGAAACGGCAUACAAGUGCAGUGGCAUUGGAUUUAUUUUCCCCUUCAGCUAGUGAAAAUGAUAGUUUUAAGCAGUUUGGUGGCCAGAUGCUUGACUUAGAGUCAACUGCAACAUCUAGGACUAAGAGGCGCAGGAUUGAGCCAAACAAUGCACUUUUGGAAGAAAUCAGACAUGUAAACCAGAAAUUUGUUGAAACUGUGAUAGAAAUAGUUUCAGAUUCAGCUGAAGAUACUGCUACAACUAAAGCAGGUGACGGAACAAUCAUCAGAUUUUCCUACAGUGCUGUGGCUCUUCGUGAAAAUUUCAAGUUGUGGGAUGCAUCAUCACAAAUGCAGCCAAUCCUUCCCGUGGGGUUGCUCGUGCCUGCAGAUUACCCAAAUUCUUCUCCUAUAGUCUUAGACAAGUUGCCUGGUUGCUGGAGUGACAGUGAAGAGCCUGAUGGUCUGUCACGGAAGGCAAAGUCAAGGUUCAUCAUAUCCCUUCGCAACCUUUCGGAGCCCAUGUCACUUGGAGAGCUGGCAAGGGCUUGGGAUAUCAGUGCACGUGAAGUCUUUUCUGAGUUUGCACAACUUAUGGGAGGAGAAUGCUUCAGCUCAAGAUAUGGAACUUGGGAGAACUGUAUAGCUGCUUCAUGAUCAUACUGCCUUCCAAAUUCAAUAAUUAAAAUGAAAAUAACAAAGCUAAAGAUGAACAUCAGUAUUAACUGGUGAUUACAAUUGACAAGGUUCAUGAACCACACUUGAUGACUAACUGAUUUUGUCAGAAACAAAGGUUUUAUGCUACAAUUGUAAAUUUCUUUCUUUUCUUCCCUAUUCAAUGCAUGCAAAAAUGUAGCAUUCGGCUCUUAAAAUCUGUAUAGUUUUCAGACAGACCCAUUACAGUAUUAUGAUACCAACAUAGCCCCCAACGCGGAAUCAAAUUUGUUAAUUGUUCUUUUUUGUUUU